AUCAGGCUAUCGGGACUUCGCUGCAACGACCAGACCAAAAGACACAUUCACGCCAUCCUUUUUCCCCUGUGCCGCUGCGAGUGAAGCAUUUGGCCAGACUCGCCCACAAGAAAUGAAAAUGAUCAACGUUUCCUGUCAUGUGUCUGCGCAUGCAACUGUUACCUUUCUCGAUAUUGGGACAUCUACUUCUCUCUAUCAAAAGAAUGUUGAAUGUGGGAAUUCUCCUCUGUAAAGAAAAGGCGGCGGUAAUCCCUGUGUCAAUCUACCAGAGCGAUGGCUUCAGAUCUAAGAGGUACUGUACCACUUGCUUAGCUGGUGUGGUAAAGAUCUGCUCUGCACCCCAUCCAUUCCACCUGGCAUUCCUCGCUCCUCCUUUAUCGUCACCCUCACGCACGAACUACGAUCUAGCGGGUGACUGGCCGUCCUUGCAAUCCAUGCCUCUUCAUCCAUAUGAAUCCUAUAGGUCAACCAUUGUCGAUCGCAGCUUGGAUCAUUUACUUGCCAGUCUGCCAUGGGUUUCGGCUAGACAGUAGAGCUUUAUAAGUUUGAAGAGCCAAUCGGUCGGUCAGGCGUCUCUGGUAAGCUUCAUUGACGAGGGUAUACUCGGCCACGUUUGGUGCCUCGCAUGGAUGCUCUGCCUCGGUAAGCCCCAUGGGCCAUCCUCCACCUUGGAAGUUUUGGCAGCUGCGGCAACCUCCAGCGGGUUGUGUCGGUGACGUCUGGUAGACUGCAAUAAUGUGUUUCCUCAGAAUCUAGUUCUGU